GGUCACUGCAAUUAGCGUGUUACUGCUUUUCUCAGUUUUGCUUUGUGCAGUUUUUCCGCUCCCGGUUUCUCCAAUUCCUAUUCCCAAUGGAAAGAGGUGGUUACAGAGGCAGAGGCCGUUACAGUCACGGUAACCGUGACGGUAAUGGAGGCCGUAAUGGAGGUCGUCGCGGUCGUGGUUACAGUGAAUUUGACGCCGUAAGAGGAGGGUUUCCCCAAUCCGGUGGCCGCGGUGGUAGAGGUUUUCCUCCGCCGCAACGCCAACCGCAACCGCAACCGCAACCGAAGCAGCAGUGGCAACCAGCGUCAAAUCCCUCUUCUUCUGGUGGACCUUCAAAACCUAGCCAUGGCCAUUCUCUUGCUCAAACUCAUUCAGAUAGUGGACCUCUGAAGAAAUCAAAUCAAACAACAGUAGGUAAUAUCUCACCUGUGCACAGGCCUGACAAGGGUGGAACGAUGGCGGUUCGAAAAUGCAACCUCCGUGUGAACCACUUCGCUGUUAAGUUCAAUCCACAGAGCGUAAUAAUGCACUAUCAUGUGGAUGUGAAGGUCAAUGCUCCUCCUAAGAACAAUCGCACUCAGAAGAUUUCCAAGUCGGAUUUGUCGUUGAUUCGGAAGAAGCUGUUUGAGGAUCCCUCGCUUCCGUCACAGAAGACGUCCUACGACGGUGAGAAGAGCAUCUUCAGCGCGGUGCCGUUGCCGGAAGAAACCUUUGCCGUGGACCUAGAGGACGAGAGGAGUGUUUCGUAUUUGGUCACUCUGACGCUGGUCAACAGGCUUGAGCUUCGGAAGUUGAGGGAUUACCUUAGUGGAAGUGUGCUUUCGAUUCCUAGAGAUAUUUUGCAGGGUUUGGAUUUGGUGGUGAAGGAGAAUCCCACGAAUCAGUGUACUCCCGUGGGGCGCUGCUUCUUUCCCAUAGACCCUCCCUUGAGGAAGAAGGAUCUCGGACGAGGGAUAGUUGCAAUAGGAGGCUUUCAACAGAGUCUUAAACCCACUUCUCAGGGCUUGUCCCUGUGCAUUGACUAUUCCGUUUUGUCAUUUCGGGAGAAAAUGUCGGUGUUGGAUUUUCUACAUUAUCAAAUUCAAGACUUUGAUUUGAAUGAUUUUGGGCGAUUCAAGAGACAGGUUGAGCAUGUACUUGUUGGGUUGAAAGUUAAUGUUACCCACCGGAGGACGAAGCAAAAGUACACUAUUGCCAAGUUGACACCCAAAACUACAAGGUACACCACAUUUCCUAUUUAUGACUCUGAGGGCCGAAGAACAAGUGAAGCUGGUCUUCUUAAUUACUUCCAGGAGAGAUAUCAUGUGGACAUUCAAUUAAAGGACAUUCCUGCCUUGGAUUUUGGGGGCAACAAGACUAAUUAUGUUCCUAUGGAGUUGUGUGUCUUGGUUCAGGGUCAAAGAUAUCCCAAAGAGAAUUUGGACAGAUAUGCUGCCAAGGAUUUGAAAGACAUGUCAGUGGUUUCCCCAAGAGAGAGGCGAGAUACAAUCCAGACUAUGGUGGAGUCAAAUGAAGGACCAUGCGGAGGUAAUAUUAUUCAAAAUUUUGGAAUGAGUGUCAACACUUCAAUGACGAACGUGACAGGACGUGUAAUUCAGCCCCCACAAUUGAAGUUAAGUACUCCAAAUGGUGAGAUUGUUAGUAUGACGCUGGAAGUUGACAAAUGUCAGUGGAAUCUAGUGGGAAGGUCAAUGGUGGAAGGAAAGCCAGUUACUCACUGGGGCAUUCUUGAUUUUACCAGCAAGGAGUCUGGUCGGUACAGAUUAAAACACAUACAAAUUGUUAACAAGCUUAUUGAAAAAUACAGUAAAUUGGGCAUUGUCAUGAAGGAGCCAGUUGUGCGUAAACAAGCUAGUAUGUGGAAUCUUGAUGAUUAUCGUCAGCUGUAUAGUUUACUGGAAAAUAUUGAUGAUAAUCAAAAAAAAGAUUGCCAACGGCUCCAGUUUCUUCUUUGUGUGAUGUCCAGCAAACAUCAGGGUUACAAGUGCCUCAAAUGGAUUGCUGAGACCAAGAUUGGCAUAGUGACACAAUGCUGCUUGUCUGUUAAUGCUAAUGAAGGGAAGGACCAAUAUUUUACAAAUCUUGCCCUCAAAAUUAAUGCCAAAAUUGGAGGAAGUAAUGUAGAGCUCAUCAACAGGCUCCCACACUUUGAAGGUGAAGGGCAUGUUAUGUUCAUAGGAGCUGAUGUCAAUCAUCCAGCUUCCCGCGACACCAACAGUCCAUCAAUUGCUGCAGUGGUUGCCACUGUCAACUGGCCUGCUGCGAAUCGUUAUGCAGCUCGUGUUUGUGCUCAAGGUCAUCGGGUUGAGAAAAUUUUGAAUUUUGGGAGAAUUUGCCAUGAACUUGUUUCAUAUUAUGAUAGGCUGAACAAAGUCAGACCUGAAAAAAUUGUUAUCUUUCGUGAUGGCGUUAGUGAAAGCCAAUUUCACAUGGUCCUCACGGAGGAGUUGCAAGAUUUGAAAGCAGUGUUUGGUGAGGCAAAUUAUUUCCCAAGUAUCACUCUUAUUGUCGCUCAAAAGCGACAUCAAACUCGAUUUUUUCCCAUGAAUCCGAGGGACGGGAUUCCUAAUGGCAAUGUGUUCCCUGGAACAGUUGUGGACACAAAAGUGGUACACCCUUUCGAAUUUGACUUUUACCUUUGUAGUCACUAUGGAAGCCUGGGUACAAGCAAGCCAACGCACUAUCAUGUCUUGUGGGACGAGCAAAACUUCACCUCUGAUGCGUUGCAGAAACUCAUAUAUGACAUGUGCUUUACCUUCGCUAGGUGCACUAAGCCUGUAUCUUUAGUCCCACCAGUGUACUACGCUGAUCUUACUGCAUAUAGGGGACGGUUAUACUAUGAAGCAAUGAAUCAAAUGCAAUCUCCUGGUUCAGCUGUAUCUUCAUCAUCGGCGGCUACUUGUACGUCAGUUUCUUCAGCAGGCUCAAGCUUAAAUGAUCCGGGAUUUUCCAAGUUGCAUGCUGAUGUGGAAAACAUAAUGUUCUUCAUUUGAAGGGCUUACAUAUGCUCUCUCUCUCUCCUGGCAGAACAACUUGUUUUACACCUCUUCUCUGCUCUUUUUUGCAUUGGGGCAAACUACUUUUCCAGUUUGAACAUAGAUAAGUAGUUUGUGCGUGAAUCUAAUGUUUCAAUUGUCUUGGCCUUUAUUAUAGUUGUGAUAGAGUCGGGUCUUGUUCAUCAUGUUGUAGUUGGUUUUGGGUCUGUGGCAUCUACAUGCACCUUGUAGCUGGUUUCAUGUGUCAUUUGUGAGGGGGCGUUUUCUCUACUGUUUUACUUACAUUUUGAUAUCUAUAAACUGUUGAUGUUAUCUUAUAGGUCAAUUGUUUCGUCCUUUGUUAUAGUCGCAAUGGAGUCUGAUAUUAUUUAACUUGUUGUUUAGUUGGUUUUGGGUUUGUGCUUGCCUCUAGAUGCACCUUGGGUGUUCUUUGUAUCAGGUUUCAUGUGUU